AUGAGUCCCCUCAAGAGCAUGGCUAACGGGGGCUUCCUGCCCACAGUCAAUAAGAACAGAAAGCCAAAGUUUGAGCUACAUCUAAAGGUCUAUGAUUUGAACAACGUCCCGUUGGUUUCCGGGACAUCAAUAGUGAAAUGGAAUCUCGCACACUCCAUCCACGCUGAGCACCGCGGCCGCACCCCGCAGUGCCCGAUCUCCAACCACAAGGUUGAGUACAACUACUCUAAGGUGGUCAGCCAUAUCCGGAUCAGCAUCGACAAGAACAACAACCUGACCGAGUGCCCCGUCGAGUUUGAGGUCCUGCAACAGUUUCCGGGCAGCGGCAGGGAGGAAAAAAUUUCGCUCGGUAUCGUCAAGCUCAACCUCAGCGAGUACGUAGAAGAAAGCGAUGGCCUCACUCGCGAAAGCGCCAGCUUCGACCGCGGUCACUCGCGCAAGCGAAGCAGCGGUACCAGUCAGAGCCCAAUGUCGACGAGGGCACCGGUCCUGGACGAUCCCGACGUCGAGGAUGGUAUCGUGAGGCGUUAUCUCAUGCAAGAAAGCAAGAUCAAUAGUACAUUAAAAAUCGGCAUUUUGAUGUUGCAGCUCGACGGCGACAAGAACUAUUCUGCGCCUCCCUUGAAGACUGCACCCGUAUUUGGCGGGAUUGCCGGUAUCAUGGCGGGCGAAUCGGUCGAGCAAGAUGACGCUGGACAGCUCCCUACAAUGGCAAAAUCCAGAGACGCUUCCGAAGUGCAGGACAUGUACCGCCGCGCCCUGGCAGCCUCCUGGUCCUGCCAACCUGGCGAGCUUCCCGCCGACCAGUGCAUCGAAGACAUCUUUUCCGGCGGCGACGGCUGGCAAUCUGGACGCACCGGACGCACCGGCAAGAAGACGACAACCUUUGAUCUGGACAACGGCGGCUCUCUGAGCUCCGAUGAAGGCGGCAUGAAUGGCACACUCCGGCCCUCAGACUUUCGCAAGUUAGAGCGGAAGCAGCAACAGCAGCUGGACCCGCCUCAGCAGGAUCACCUGCACCUGCACCGCUUGCACAACCGCCACCGCCACCACUCCCGCAACAACAGUGGCUCCAGCGAUAAGAGCAUGAGGAGCUUGAGGAGCGUUAAGAGCAUGGCCACCAUUGUUACGGGCCGUGGUGACGCGGCGAGCAGCACCGCUGGCGCGAGUAAUGUGGCUCGUCGCGGCUCGCACAGUCGAACUAGGGGUCGGGACGACGACCAGCGUCUCGGAGGUGGUAACGGCGGCGGCGGCGGUGGUGAAAUCAGCGCGCGUGACUACGGACGCUCGCGGAGCCGUAGCGGCAGCAUGGUGAGCCUGGCGCCGACGAUGGGCAGCAGUGAUCGCGGACGCGAGAGCUCGAGGAGGAACAGGGAGCUGGAGGAGUUCGAUGUCCGCGACGAUCUAGUCGCGUGGAGAUUACCUGGUGCUGUCACUUAG